AUGAUGGACGUGAUUUGCGUCGACGGUACCUCGAAGCGCAUCCACCGCACCGUCUCGCUACCGCCCGAGGUGCUGGGCACAGUUUUGACGGUCCGCGACGUCGCGCAACACCUCGAAGGGUCUCUGCGUCUCGGGCCUUGCACGUCGUCGGCGCUCAAGCUGUACGGUCAGAGCUUGCACGCGACCGAGACGCUGCAGCCGUACCUCCCGGCCCUUCGCACGAGCAACCCGCGCUGGGUGUUUGUGUUUACGUCGUCGCCAGCGUCCAUGACGCUCUUUAUUGCGCUCCCAACGGGCCACCUCAGUCUCCAAGCGCACCCGGACGAGACGAUUGCAACGCUCAAGGCCCGGAUCCGCGCGGUCUCGCGCUGCCCGUUUCAGCGACUGACGCUGCGUCGUCGCACGCUCUGGGACUCGCGCACGGUCGGCAGCUACGGGCUUUGCAACGACGCGACGCUGGUGGCCGAGCUCGUCUUGUGCGGCGGUGGCGCCGCGGCUGAGUUUGUGGACGUGGCCAACGAGGAGCUGUGUAGCGUGCUGCAGCAGAGCCCGUCGGCGCCGGCCUGGCGGCGGUUUUGCACGGGCUUGAACGUCCACGGCGUGUGUACGAACGCGACGUGCGUGGCCUACCACGAGUGGGUCAUUGUGCCCCGAAAGUUUGCGCCGUUCAACUUGCUCCAGCACCAAGUGGCGUGUCCGAUGUGCGCGUCGUUAGUCGUGGCCCGCAGCGUUGGGUUUUUCAAGUGCCUCUGGCGCUUUGAAGGCGUCCAGCAUCCGUCGCGCAUGCAUGUGAGCAGCCCGUGGGCGGUCGUCGAUGGCAACGAGUAUAUGGCAUUUGACGAGAAGAGCCGGCGGGUGCUCUGGCUCAGCCUCGUCUUUUCUGUGCGACGCAACGACGGCAGUGACGAGUGCGCGGUGUGCUGCGAAGCCCUCUGCGUGGCGCCCACGGAACGCGUGCAGCCCUGUCGACAUGAGAUCCACACGGCGUGUCUCUCGGAAUGGAAGGCGUCCUGCAUCCGCCGGGAGGCGGUUGUCAACUGCCCCACGUGCCGCGCCGUGCUCUAG